AUGUCUUCAACUAGCACAAUCUACAAUGUGACAUCCGAUCUGUCUCUUCAGGGCUUCGAUCUACCCCCUGAGAAGGCCAUCGUUGCAUUCGUCUUUGCCGCUCUGAAUUAUAUAAUCAUAUUGUUCUGCAACUCCUUCCUCCUGUUCACUAUCAUAAACAAUAAGGGUCUUCAUGAACCGAUGUAUAUUCUCCUGUUAAAUUUGCCUAUUAAUGACCUAAUAGGUUCUACAUGCCUGUUACCUCACGUCAUGCGUGAGCUCUUGUUUGACACCAGGACCAUGCCCUUCUCCAUCUGUAUCACUCAGGCGUUCUUCAUACAUGUAUAUGCCGUAUCAGUGGUCUUCAUCUUGACCGCCAUGGCAUACGACAGAUAUGUCGCCAUCUGCCAGCCAAUGAGAUACACUACCAUUAUGAGCAAACUUCACCUCACAAAGAUCAUCUCAUUGGUUUGGCUCACUAAUUUGACACUGAUGGCCAUCCUUUUCAUUCUCCUACUGCGUUUGCCUCGCUGUAGGUCUUACCUUACUCAUCCAUACUGUGACAACCCUUCCCUGCUUCAACUGGUCUGCGCAGACACGACCAUUAAUAACCUUUACGGACUUCUGAUAACAGCUCUCUGUCAGGUGUUAACAGUGGGUCUGAUUUUGUACUCAUACCUACAGAUCCUCAUAGCCUGCUUCCGCAACAAAAGCUCUGACACGAGGAGUAAAGCUCUGCAGACGUGUGGCACGCAUUUAGUUGUCUUUGUCUUGUUUGAGUGUUUGGGUCUUUUCACCAUAAUCUCAUACAGGAUAAAAGAUAUUUCUCCUCACUUAAGAAAAUUCAUUGCGGUUAGCGCUAUGAUAUUGCCACCGACGAUGAAUCCUAUUAUAUAUGGAUUGAGAACUAAAGAAAUUAGGGUCAAAGGGAUCAAAUUUUUUAGGCGAAAGGUUUUCGUAUCAUGA